CCUCCAGCAGAGGCAGGAACCAGGUCUACCAGAACCAGCAACAGCCAGAGCAAAAACCGGGUCUACCAGAACCAGCAGCAGGCAGAGCAGGAACCAGGUCUAUCAGAACCAGGCCCAUCAGAACCUGCAGGACCAGCAGAGGGUAUUUGAACUCACCUGAAACAGGCAGCUCACUCAGAACACAGACCAGACUGGGACCAAGUGGAGAGUGCCGGGACCAUAUCCAGAGCCAUGACGUCCUCCUCGGUCCUCCUCAUCUUCUUGCUGCUCUGCUGCUUCCAGAUGAUGCUGGUUUCCAUGCCGACAUGCAAGUUGCCAGGAAAGGUGGUCCUGAACACCCACAACCUGCUUCAAGAACUGGGGGGGCCGUUUCCUGUCCACUGCCGGCAAUACAACAGCAGGAUCCUCUCUCCAGACUCCGCCCUCACUGCUUCAGCCAAACACCAUCAGUGUCGCUGGACGUCAUCGGUGGUGUACGAGUUUCUGAGGGGGGCGGGGCUAAUGUUCGCAGAGUACUAUUUACCUGAGGGAGAGGGCGGACUCAACUGGGACGAGCCGAAACUGGACCAUUACCUGAACCUGCAGGACCGCCUGGUGGACGACCAUCAGUGUGUGAACAACACAGAGGCUGCAGGUGUUUUAUCCUCGUACUUCAGCAGCGUGAAGUCUGUUGUUGAGCAGCAGGACAGCGCUGCCUGUGGUUGGCAUGCUCUGAGGAGUGAUCUGCUCAAGGUCCUAAAGUCCGCCCUCCAAAUACACCGCAACUGCUUUAACUGGACGAGAGCCCACUGAUGACACGUGACCACACCCACUGAUGUCACAUGACCACGCCCACCGACGACACAUGACCACGCCCAUUGAUACCAGACAUUUUCUUUU